AUGAGAGAAACGAAGCAAAAAUCUCAUAAAAUUUCCAAGCGACGUUCUGAUAAAGGUAAGAAGAAAUCGAGCGGGAAGCACAAGGACAAAAGCCACAAGCGUGAGAAGCUUUCAAAACUGAAGAUCCAAGAACUGUCCGAGGAUGACUACUUCUCCAAGAACAAUGAGUUUGCCACAUGGCUGAAAGAAGAGAAAAAGAUAUUUUUCUCAGAUCUAUCGUCUGAAUCUGCCCGCAAACUAUUUUCUGAGUUUGUGGAAGAAUGGAAUAACAAAGACCUCGAGCCCCAAUACUAUGAGGGCAUUGCAACUGGACCGAGGACAUCUCAUAAGUGGAACAUCAAACAGUAG